AUAUUCUUCAAUUGCAAUGUCUCUAAAAUCGUCAAAUACCAAUAAAUAGCAAUUUUACACGAAAAGCCCUCCUUGGAGUGUGCUGCAGAACAACUACAACCUCAUCAUCGCCUAGAUUCCUCUUCGUUUCUUCUUCAUUAAUGGCGUCCUUAACUACCUCCGGCCUCCUCAAAACCCCUCUUAAGAAUUCCCAAUCUCCUGCAAAUUCUCUCCAAUAUCCACCUUUUGCUUAUGGGCAACAUCAACUGCCCGUUUCCCUCAAAAGGGCUUUUCCCGGACGAGCCAUUAGAGCUUCACCUUCGAAUUCGGGUCCAUCCACGACCUCCUCACCAGGGCUGUACUCCGCUCAGAAAUUUGAAUUGACCAUUGGAAACGUGGACUUGGUUCUUGAGGACGUAAGGCCUUAUCUAAUUGCAGAUGGAGGAAAUGUCGAUGUUGUUUCUGUUGAAGAUGGAGUAGUUUCCCUCAAACUCGUUGGAGCAUGCGGUAGCUGCCCUAGCUCAACAACGACCAUGAAGAUGGGGAUCGAACGUGUACUAAAGGAGAAGUUUGGAGAUUCAGUGAAGGAAAUAUGCCAAGUAUAUGAUGAAGAACCAAAGGAGACUACACCUGAGGCAGUAAACAGUCACCUUGACAUAUUGAGGCCAGCCAUAAGGAACUACGGUGGGAGCGUGGAAGUAAUAUCAAUUAAUGGUGGCGAUUGCCUGGUCAAGUAUGAGGGUCCUGAAUCUAUUGGUACAGGAGUUAAAGCAGCCAUUAAGGAGAGAUUCCCAGAUAUUACAAACGUUGUGUUUUCAAGCUAACCUUUCCUCAGGUUUCUGAAGCAAAGAGAAUAUGUAUAGCUGCUUCAUUUAUUGAAAAGUUGGUGCUCAUCUUUUUCAUAGGCAUGUAAUGAUCUCUUUUCCAAUAAAUGUUAUAUAUUAUUGAUAGCCAUAUCUUAUGCUCAUAGAAAGGAAGUGCACUUAUUUUAAAAGGGUAAA